AUGAUCGAGCAUGAAGCAGCAGCGGCAGACAUGCGACUGGUCCGUCGGAUCAACACGGGUAUGAAGAUCCAGGCUGGAGGCGAGCACAUGGGCUGUAGCAGGAUCGGAGAGGGUCAGGAGAGCCAGGUCAUCUGCCUCCAAUGUCAGGACGAAGGCGUGAGGGUCUGUCCGGGAACUCCGCGCAGUCCUCGCCGCGCCAUCGCGACGCGCCUCUCCUCUGGAUCUGCAGACCGUGAGCCCAGCAGCAGCAGCUACAAUGUCUCUUCAGGAACCUUCUACAGCUGCGUCAGUCAGAUCACCAUUGGGUUUGACCUCGGGGGUCAGGUGGCCAUCGGCUUCUCCCACUGGAAGAGCCCUUUCCCAGGAAGCAGCCAGAACCUCCCGAGCCCAGACUGCAUCCACUCUGAGGCCUCUGCAGUCCCGCCCAUUGGGGAGCAUCUGGAGCCAGUGUCCUGUCCUGCAUCGCUGUCAAUCAGCCCGCUGCCCACCUUCAGUGCCAGCCAGGAAACGCUCUGUGACAGCAGCACCAGUGUGAGUUUAUCUCUACAUGGGUUUGAGCUCCAACAGCAGAGCCCCCACCGACACAGAGUCCCGCUGCAGCCCUCGGCCUCCGGCUUCAAGGCAGCGGACAGACCCCUGGUCUUCUUCCCUCGUGGGAAGGAGGCAGACAUCAUGGAGGAAUCCUCGGCUGAAGCUCCAGACUCCAGCACUCAAGACGACAUACCUCCUCUUGCUGUGAAGGAUGUUAAUGUGCUGCUUGAUAGAGUGAGGUCAGAGGACACCAGCAGUCCGUCCAGAGACGAUGACUCCACUCUGCUCAACCCGGGAACCCACAGCAGCAUCCUCGAUGAAAACACAAAAUCUGAUUCUGGUCUCCCAGAGGCAAGGAGUAAGUCCAGUGGCCUUUGCUUCGGCGAUGGAAAGAGCCGCAUCGACUACAUCCUGGUUUACAGGAAGUCCAGCUCCCUCUCAGAGAAGAGGGAGGUGUUUGAGAGGAACAUCCGUGCAGAGGGCUUACACAUGGAAAAGGAGGCCUCUAUAACGAACAGUGAUGUGAUUUUUCUGAAGCUCCAUGCUCCAUGGGAUGUUCUAUGUCGCUACGCAGAGCUCAUGAACAUUCGCAUGCCUUUUAGGAGGAAAAUUUUUUACAUGAACCGACGGCACAAGUUCAUGAGCAGGAUGGAGAAACGCAUCAACAAAUUUCGUGGCUGGCUUCCCCGUAAACCCAUGAAGUUUGACAGCGACACUCUGCCCGACCUGGAGGAGAACGAGAGCUUUACCGCCCCUUUCAGUCGGUCACGGAUACACCAUUUCAUCAUCCACAACAAAGACACGUUCUUCAACAACGCCACCAGGAGCCGCAUCGUGCACCACAUCCUCCAGAGGGUCAAAUACGAGGAGGGUAAAAAUAAAAUGGGGCUAAAUCGUCUUUUGAGCAAUAAUUCAUAUGAAGCAGCUUUUCCUCUUCAUGAGGGAAGGUACCACAGCAAAAACUCCAUCAGAACACACGGAGCAGAGAACCAUCGACACCUGCUGUAUGAGUGCUGGGCCUGGUGGGGCGUUUGGUACAAAUAUCAACCUCUGGACCUCAUCAGGAGGUAUUUUGGAGAGAAGAUCGGUCUGUACUUCGCCUGGCUUGGCUGGUACACAGGAAUGCUGUUUCCUGCGGCUCUGGUUGGCCUCUUGGUAUUCCUGUACGGUAUCUUCACUCUGGAACACUGCCAGGUCAGUAAAGAAAUCUGCCAGGCCACUGACAUCAUCAUGUGUCCUAUCUGCGACCAGUACUGCCCCUAUCUGAGGCUGUCAGACAGCUGCAUCUACGCCAAGGUCACACAUCUCUUCGACAACGGGGCGACUGUUUUCUUCGCUGUAUUUAUGGCUGUUUGGGCAACCGUCUUCUUGGAGUUCUGGAAGAGACGCAGAGCUGUCCUGGCGUACGACUGGGACCUCAUUGACUGGGAGGAAGAGGAGGAGGAAAUUCGCCCCCAGUUUGAGGCCAAAUACUCCAAAAAGGAGCGGAUGAACCCCAUCUCUGGGAAGCCUGAGCCUUACCAAGACUUUACUGACAAAUACAGCCGCCUCAUCGUCUCGGCAUCAGGGAUCUUCUUCAUGAUCCUGGUGGUGAUUGCUGCUGUGUUUGGCAUCGUCAUUUAUCGUGUGAUCACCGUCAGCACCUUUGCGGCCUUCGGCUGGGCUCUGAUCAGGAACAACUCUCAGGUGGCGACCACGGGAACAGCAGUGUGCAUCAACUUCUGCGUCAUCAUGCUCCUCAAUGUGCUUUAUGAAAAAGUUGCUCUACUUCUCACUAAUUUAGAACAACCCAGAACAGAGUCAGAGUGGGAGAACAGCUUUACACUCAAGAUGUUCCUGUUCCAGUUUGUCAACCUCAACAGUUCAACUUUCUACAUUGCCUUUUUUCUGGGAAGAUUUACAGGCCGGCCUGGUGCAUAUCUACGCCUCAUCAAUCGCUGGAAACUGGAAGAAUGUCACCCCAGCGGUUGUCUCAUUGACCUCUGUAUGCAGAUGGGGAUCAUUAUGGUGCUAAAACAGACCUGGAACAACUUCAUGGAGCUGGGCUACCCAUUGUUGCAGAACUGGUGGACCCGGCGGCGGCUGAGGAGGGAGCACGGAGACAAAGCAAAGGCCAGCUUCCCUCAAUGGGAGAGAGACUACAACCUGCAGCCAAUGAAUGCCCACGGACUCUUUGAUGAAUACUUAGAAAUGAUUUUACAGUUUGGCUUCACCACCAUCUUCGUGGCAGCUUUUCCCCUGGCUCCUCUCUUAGCGCUGCUCAACAACAUCAUCGAGAUCCGACUGGAUGCCUACAAGUUCGUCACACAGUGGAGACGACCUCUGCCUUCACAAGCCAAAGACAUCGGGAUCUGGUACGGUAUCCUGGAGGGCAUUGGAAUCUUGUCCGUCAUCACCAACGCCUUCGUCAUCGCUGUUACCUCAGACUUCAUCCCUCGCCUUGUUUAUGCCUACAAGUAUGGGCCGUGUGCUGGUCAGGGCCGAGCAGGAGAGGGGUGUAUGAUGGGUUAUGUUAAUGCAAGUCUCUCUGUGUUUCGAGUGUCUGACUUUGAGAAGCGAUCUCAGCCGAGGACUAAUGGCUCAGAGCUGAUUGGAGGAGCUGUCAAAUACUGCAGGUAUCGUGACUACAGAGAGCCUCCAGACUCUACUGAGCCGUAUUCAUACACGCUGCAGUUCUGGCAUGUUCUGGCAGCUCGGCUGGCAUUCAUCAUCGUCUUUGAGCAUAUGGUCUUUGCUAUCAAGACCCUGAUCGCGUACUUGAUCCCUGACCUUCCCAAGGACCUGAGGGAUCGGAUGCGCAGAGAGAAGUACCUGAUCCAGGAGAUGAUGUACGAGGCCGAGCUGGAGAGACUGCAGAAAGAGAAGAAUGAGAGGAAGAGGAAAGACAGGGCUCAUCAUAAGGAGUGGCCCUGAACUCAGAGACAGGUUAUCAGCUGGUUUUCUGUGUUCACUGCACUGUGGAGGAAGGAGAAGACUGCUGGGAUUCCUGCAUGAUACUGGAUCCUCUUACCAUGUCUGACCAGCACCACUUGGUGGACUGUUAAUGAAUUGCACCCUUCAGGGCUACUCGUUGACCUCUGACCCCUCUCCUCUGCACACAUAACAGAUGUCCUCUUCAACAUUUGGCAGCAGGUUUUGCUACUUUUUAUUUUUCAGACCGUUUUUACCACUUUGGACUUCAACAGUGUAUGUCUUCAGAUCCUGAAUGUCUAACAGACUCCACUUUUACAGACUUCUUGUCUUGAAGGAGGGAAAAUCUCUCCAAAGCUUACUGAAUGACAAACCCUGUUUACAUUUCUCCUUUUUUAAAGGAGUUCACCUUUUGCUUUACUGUAAAUAAAGACAUUUCAGGAUAUCUGCUUUGCUAAAGUGUAGUGCAAAAACAACUAGAGAAUGUCAUUUCUUUAGACAUUGUGGAGGGAAGCCAGACUGUUUUCCUUCAUUUUUGAUGAAAAAACUGCUUGUUAGAUGGCUGGUAGAUAAAUGACUUAGAGUUGGAGUAGUAGGUUGACAUAAAGUAUGAGCUAUGCAGCUGUUGGGAGAAACUCAGAUGAACAUAGAUGGGUUUGCUUGCUUUGUGAGCCCACCA